CCCUGCUACUGAAGGGGGGGAGGACUGGGGCAUUUCCCAACUUGGGCUCAUGUAGGGGCCACAGAAGCCGGCGCCCCUGGCUACUGUGGAGGCCCCUGAGCCCCCAGAGCCCUACGUGGGUCCCCACCUUGCUUGGCCCAGCCCUCACCCUGCCCCUACAGGGCAGGGUCCAGAGAGCCAUAAAACUCGGGAAGAGGCCAAGGUGAAGACUUAUAGCAGAGGCAAGGUGAGCGGAGCAAGCGGAACACACAGAGCCAUGAGGCGAGAGACGCUGGCCCUCGGUGUGGUGGCGGCCGCCGUCCUGAUGUUGCAGGCGUUGGCCUCGGUGAAGCCCGCCCCAAACACCCCACGCAGCCAGGCCAACAAGGUGUUUGCGGACCUGAGUGCCCAAGAGCUGAAGGCCGUGCGUGACUUCCUCUGGUCCCGGCAGGAGCUGAGGCUGAAGCCCUCCAGAACACCAACCAUCGCCAAGAACUCCGUGUUCCUCAUCGAGAUGCUGCUGCCCAAGAAGCAGAAAGUGCUGAAAUUUCUGGACAAGGGCCUUAGGCCUCCUGUGCGGGAGGCACGAGCCAUCAUCUUCUUCGGAGCCCAGGAGCAUCCCAACAUCACCGAGUUUGCCGUGGGACCCCUGCCACAGCCGUACUACCUGCGUGAGCUGUCCCGAGGGCCUGGGCUCCGGGCCUCCUGGGCCUCCAGGCCCGUGACCUCCGUGGAGAGCACCCUCAUGAGCCAGACCCUGAAGGAGGUCACCAAGCCCCUGCACCAGUUUUUCCUUAACACCACAGGCUUCACCUUCCUCAACUGCCAGACCCGCUGCCUGACUUUCACAGACGUGGCCCCGCGGGGCUUUGCCUCAGGCCAGCGCCGCUCCUGGUUCAUCUUACAGCUCUUCGUGGAAGGCUUCUUCUUGCACCCCACUGGGCUGGAGCUCCUCAUAGACCACAAAAGCAUGAACCCCCAGGACUGGACGGUGGAACAGGUCUGGUACAACGGGCAGUUCUACAGCAGCCCAGAGGAACUGGCCCAGAAGUACGCGGACGGGGAGGUGGACGUUGUGGUCCUGGAGAACCUGCUUCCCAAGGACGAGGGGGCAGAGGGCAAGGAGCAGCCGCCCCUCUUCUCCUCCUACAAGCCUCGCGGGGAGUUCACCAACCCCAUCACCACGCAGAGCCCCCGCGUGGUCAACCCGGAAGGCCCCCGCUACAGACUGGAGGGCAACUCCGUGCUCUACGGGGGGUGGAGCUUCGCCUUCAGGCUGCGGUCCUCCACGGGGCUGCAGGUCCUGAACGUGCUCUUCCAGGGGGAACGCGUGGCCUACGAAGUGAGCGUACAGGAGGCCGUGUCGCUGUACGGAGGCCACACACCCUCGGGCAUGCAGACCCAGUACUUGGACGUGGGCUGGGGCUUGGGCUCCGUCACCCACGAACUGGCCCCCGGCAUUGACUGCCCAGCCUCCGCCACCUUCCUAGACGCCUUCCACUACUACGAUGCCGACGCCCCCGUCCACUACCCCCGCGCCCUCUGUCUCUUCGAGAUGCCCACAGGGGUGCCCCUCCGGCGUCACUUCGACUCCAACUUCAAAGGUGGCUUCCACUUCUACUCGGGGCUCGAGGGCCAGGUGCUGGUGCUGCGGACGACUUCCACCGUCUACAACUACGACUACAUCUGGGACUUCAUCUUCUACCCCAACGGGGUGAUGGAGGCCAAGAUGCACGCCUCUGGCUACAUCCACGCCACCUUCUACACCCCCGAGGGGCUGCGCCAUGGCGCCCGCGUGCACACGCACCUGCUCGGCAACAUACACACUCACUUGGCUCACUACCGCAUCGACCUGGACGUGGCAGGCUCGAAGAACAGCUUCCAGACCCUGGGGAUGAAGCUGGAGAACAUCACCAGCGCCUGGAACCCGGGACACUGGCUGAUGGUGCCGGCUCUAGAGCAGAGGAGGUACCGCCGGGAGCGCCAGGCAGCCUUCCGCUUCGGACAGACUCUGCCCAAGUACCUGCUCUUCUCCAGCGCCGAGGAGAACCGCUGGGGCCACAAGCGCAGCUACCGGCUGCAGCUCAACUCCAUGGCCCACCAGGUGCUGCCCCCUGGCUCCAAGGUGGAGCGGGGUGUCACCUGGGCCAGGUACCCACUGGCAGUGACCAAGUACCGGGAGUCAGAACUGUACAGCAGCAGCAUCUAUAACCAGAACGACCCCUGGGACCCGCCUGUGGUCUUUGAGGAGUUUCUUCGCAACAACGAGAACAUUGAGGAAGAGGAUUUGGUGGCCUGGGCGACAGUGGGCUUCCUGCACAUCCCCCACUCAGAGGACAUCCCCAAUACGGCCACCCCAGGAAAUUCCGUGGGCUUCCUGAUCCGUCCCUUCAACUUCUUCUCAGAAGACCCGUCCGUGGCCUCCAAAGACACCGUGAUGGUGUGGCCUGGGGACAACGGUUCCAACUAUAUCCAGCGAUGGAUCCCUGAGAGGGGCGGGGACUGCUUCACAGGUCCCCCCUUUAGCUACAACGGGACCUACGUGCCUGUGUGAAGGGUGCCCCGCCCCAAACUAACUCCUAACUAGAAGCCUGAGCCCCCAGCCCACCCAGAAAUAAUA